AUGGAGGAAGAUCAAACAACUUUACGGCCGGUACCAGCACCACGACGUCUCUAUCCUGAACUACGUAAAUCUGAAUAUGAAAAUGUUAAAGUCGAAUUAAUUAAUAAGAAUCUAAAUAUCAAUUCCGAAAAUAUACAAAAUAAUGCGAAUAGUAAUGAAAAAGUUCCGAAUAAUAAAGUAUUUUUAUUGUAUCCCACAUUGCCUGAAGAUGUGGACAGAUUGUCCAUACAUUCCUUAACUACACAAAAAUCUAUACUAACCGAAACGAAUGAUUUGUAUGGACCAGAUGCUAAUGAAAAUGUGCCAAUAUAUAGUACACCCAGACCAGCACCUCGUCCACGUAAGCCACAAAAUACAGAUAUACAAAAUUAUGAAAAUACUGUAAUAACACCACCAGUAAUAGAGCCCGCAACAACGCAAUCAUCAUCGCCUGACACCUCAACUGGAGCAGUAAAUAAAACUUUACGUAAAGCUCCUGAAUUACCACCAAAAACCUAUUUAAAUUUUGAACGUGAUAAUGAGCGAAGACGUAGUAAUUAUUCCAUAUCAAGUGAAUUUUCCACCACCAGUAGUAUUCAUAAUACAUCAUCACCAUUCGAUGCAAAAGAUACUAAUUUUAAACGUGACAAAUUUAAUAAAUCCUAUGCAAGUUAUAAAUCAUCUAGUUCAUCUUUAGCCGAUUCCAUUGAAAGUUCGGAAAAUUCAAAAUAUAAAUCACCAUCACCUGGGUAUGUAAAGGAUCAUAAUGACACAGAUUAUCAUGAUGAUGCUGACGACAUUGAUGAUGAUGCUUUUAAUUAUGUUAAUACAAUUGAGGAUGAACGUAAUUUCACAACCUCUACUGACAAUGACCUCUUGAAAUCGUUGGGUACUACAUCAAAGCUAUUAACCGAAUCUAUAGGAGAACGUAUGGCCUUAAAAGCCAAGGGCGCCAAACAUAAAUUUGAUAAAAAUUUUAAAACCUCCUCUGAAGCUCUAACAAAUAUUGGCACUGAAACUACACAGCGUCUAAAGAAAUUGGGUUCGAAUUUUUCUUUAACUAAAAAUCGUAAUAAGGAAAAUAUGGCUACAGCACAAUUUAAUGUGGAUAGACCGCAAACAUUACCGCCAAACGAUCAAGUCUUCAAUGGCAUAACAUUUACCAGUCCUCUGAGUAAUAAAGCAAGAGGUAUGUAUGACUUAAGAUUACAAGAAUUGGAUAAUUCUUAUGAAGUACCAAAAAGUAUAAAAAUAACAAAAAGAAAUGAAGAGCUAGGCGAACCACCCUCAUAUGAAGAUGUUUUAAAAACGAAUACAGAGGAAAAACCAAACAUUAAAACCAAUCCCUUGGCUUUGGAAGCAGCAAAUAGGGUUUUACUCAAACAACAGCUGAAAAGUAAACUGUCAGAAGGUUUAACUACCAAUAGUUCUGAACGUAGUUCCAUUAAUUCUUUAGACCUACCCUCACCACCCAUGCCCACCAUACCAGCUCCUGCCUUGCCUAAGGAAUUUGAGGAUGAACCAGCAUAUGGCAAAAUAAAUCUCAUACAACCGCCGGCACGACAAAAAAGACGCAAAAAUUAUGAAGAAAUUGAACUCAGAAAGGGAUUACAAGCUAUUGAAAAUGAGGAGGAAUCAACGAAACCAUUACGCAUGAAUGUGGACUCUGCUGAACUGCAUGAAUUAAAUAAGGUGGCCGAAUUGCAAGAGCGUGAAGAAUCUUUAAUUUUAAGAGAAAAAAUUAAAGAGGAAGAAAUGACAACUCCCCAACCAGAUCGUAGUGAUUCUUGGGAAUAUCAUGAAGAACGAGAUAGUUCCUCCUCAUUGGAUGAACCUUUAUAUGCCAAUCAGGAGCAGACUUAUGGCAAUGUUUUCGAAUUGGCUUCCGGCAAUAAAGAUAUAUUAACACCACGUAAUGCUUUAAUCAAUAUAUCCGAAGAAGAUGAGUCAUUAGAUGAAUGCGAUAUGGGAGCAGUGGGCGGUGUACUUAGACCACCUAAGGAGAUUAUAGAAGAAUUUGAUCCUUUAUUAGCAAGGAAAACUUUAAAUUUAAGUAAAUCAGAUAAAAGUAAUCAACUUUUACUGCUGGAACAUCUUCUCGAAGAAGAUACCUAUGGCAGUGUUAAAGGAGAACAUUCCAAAUCUGAUGACGAUAUUAGUAUGUGUACUUCGGAGGAAGAUAAUCUACAAGCAGAACCUAAAACACCCAGUGUAAAAGUGCUGCCCACACCUUCUACACAAGCAUUAGAGCAGACCGCAACAUCAUCAUCAUCAUUACCAACCUCCUCCUCUUCUUCUAAACCUAUGCAAAUUGUACAUCAAAAUGCCCAGUUAUUGUCUGAUAGUAAAGAAAACAUCUUAGAUAAUGACUUUGAAGCUAGAGUUAAACCCUAUUUAAGUCGCUUAGAAGAAAAUCCCAUUACAUCAUCUAACGUAGAUUUAUCAAAGCCCUCACAAACACGCUCACAAUGGUUUGUGAGUGAAGAAACACAGCCAGGAAAUUCCGGCAAAAGAAGUAAUCCCUUUAAUAAAGAACAAAACAUUGAAGAUGGAGAAAGUCCUCCUUCUUACCUGGAAGCUAUUAGUGGUGCUAAUGAAAAGUCAACGGACUGUACACAAAAACAAAACACAAAUACUCGCACGGGUACUUCCCGUUUUAUGAAUAAUACAAUGAACGUUUUUUCCAAUGUUAAAAUACGCAUGGAUGCUUUAAAACGCAAAGCGAGUUUUAAGAAUCAACCUAAAUCCAGCGAAGUCAAGGUCACCCUACAAAUGGUACCACGUCCCAGUCUGUCCCCGUUAUUGGUACGCUAUGAGGGUCCUCUUAUACGUUUUCCCUCCGGUGUUGUUGAGGAUAUUCUAAAAGAAAUGCAAAAUCGUAAGGCCAUCUUAAGAGAUCGUCAAUUUCAGACAUAUCUCGAUCAGGAAAUGAAAACACCCAAAGAAGCCAUACCCUUGGAAUAUAUCACCACCAUACAAUGUGUCAGCAAUAGUAGAGUAACAGAUAAUUCAACACAUUUCUAUUGUUUCGAAAUAACUACUGCAGUGCCGAAAAAUGGUAAUUGUUCGUCUAAUCUACAUUUGUCAAAUCCUAAUUUAAUAAUGACUUCGGGUUCAUCGGGUAAUGUUAAGCAGCAGAGAAUUGCUCAUUUGUAUGGUGUGGGUAAAGAGUCGGAAAGGGGUAUUUGGAUGCAAAAACUUUUGGAAAGUUUAACGAACGCCAUACCCACCAAAUAUACAUGUCAUUAUUACAGAGCUGGUUGGUGUUAUUUGAAGAAUUCUAUAACUUCAGAAUGGAGUGGCACUUGGUUGGUAUUAAAGAAAACACAGAGACGUCUUAUAUUUGUAACUGAAGCAACUGGUAAUGUGGAAAAAAUGGAUCUAAGAAAAGCCCGUUGUAUAGUACUCAAAGAUAGCGAUGAUAGUGUAAAAAAUUUGCAUGUCGAAUCAGGACCCAUGCUUAUGAUAGAUGCGCCACCAUUUACUGUCUACAUGAUAAUGAGUUCUCCCCGAGAAACGAAAAUAUGGCGUCAUAUUAUUCGUGAAGUUGCACACAAUAACGGUUUUACUUUAGGUGAUCAACAGUUAACGAAAUUCAAUGUACCCGUUAUUGUUGACAAAUGUAUAAAUUUCGUUUACAUACAUGGUUCCAUGUCUGAGGGUAUAUAUCGAAAAUCAGGUUCAGAAAACUCUAUACUUAAACUAAUGUCAGCUUUUCGUUCGGAUGCUUUUAAUGUGGAAAUAACACGCAAUGAAUACAAUGAGCAUGAUGUGGCAAAUGUAUUGAAACGUUUUAUGCGUGAUUUGCCUGAACGUUUAAUGGGUAAAUUAUCGGAAAGUUUUAUAUGUGUAUCGGAACUAAAAACGGCUGCAGAAAAGAUAACACUGUAUAAAGAAUUAUUGGCUCGUUUAAGUAUAAUAGAACGUGAAACGCUAAAGAAAAUUGUUGGUCAUUUGGCAUUUAUAAGUUCGCAAAAGACAAAAAAUAAAAUGAGCAUACAAAACUUAACCAUGAUUUGGGGACCUACCCUAAUGCAAAGUCAUCAAACCGAGGAAAUGGUUUACUCACAAAAGGAGGCGGAUGUCCUGUGUGAUUUGAUAAAUUUAUAUAAGAAUUUAUUCCCCUUAUCGGCAGAUGAAAUUAAAAAAGAACAAGAAAUGUUAAUAUGUUUACAAAAAUACUAUGCCGCCGCUGAAACCUUAUCCGAUACAGUUAAAAAGUCAGGGGAUUUAAAAGUAUGGAUUACUCUUAAUCCAAAUCCAGAAAAUACCACAGAGGAAAAGACUCAGAUUAAUGUAACCAUUUCACCCACCAAAACAGCUUAUGAAGUUUGCCAAGAGUUAGCACCUAAAAUGAAACUCUCCACUCAUCAAGUCACACUACAUGAAGUCAUACUAAAUGGUACUUUAGAACGACCCUUACACCAUGACAGUAAAGUUUUUGAAGUUGUACUCAAUUGGUCAUAUUGGCCUGAAGAUGAUCGUAAAAAUAAUGUACUCGUCGUUAAACCUAUCGAAAUUCUCAAUGAAGUACAAAGAGCAGUGAAAAACUUAGCUACCGUAACACCGGGUAAAGAAUUGAAAUUUGCCGAUAAUAAAACAAAAUCAUUUAAAGCGUAUCAAUGUGAAUUGCGUGAUGGAAAGAUUGUUAUAUCGAAAAAGGAUAAAAACGAUAAGACUACAAUAAUAAGAGAAAUAUUCUUGCAUAACACUACUGCCUAUUUGGGUUGUGAGAAGAAAAGAGAUUUUCCCUGGAGUUGGGCCAUUACGUUUGUGGAAAAGACAAAAACUCAGAUUCUAAGAUCCCGAGACUCACCGUACAUAGGACAUGUUUUAGCUGGUUGUGAAUGGGUGGAUCGUACUAUUUGGUAUUCUAGCAUAUGGUACUGUUUAUAUGGCGACAGCAUAUUGCCACCAGCAGAAAUUAUUAUAAAAUAAGUUAAACAUUUUAAACACUAUACGUAACACAUCAUUAUUCACAUACAAAACAUGUCAUUUAAUUAAGUGUAAGUAAAAUUAAGUAGUAUUUUUUUUGUAUGUAAAAAGAACAUUUUAAAAUGUUUUAAAUGAAUGCAUUUUUUUUAGCAAUUUAAGGUGUUCAAAUUAAAUUUCCAAUAAUUGUUUGAAUGAAAAAAGUCUGGAACUUACUAUUUAAAAUUGCUUUUGUAUAUAGCACAUACAAUGUUUUAGUAUAUUUUUUAAAACAUGCUGAAAACUUUUUAUUUAAAGAAAAUA